CGCCGCGGGGUUGGUGGGUUGGGCUCGGGAGGUGCGGCGAGGAGGCGGGCCUGGCCCGGCGCGUGCGUCAGGUUCGGUAGCGCUGCGCGAGGGGCCGGGUAAAGUGAUCAGAAGCAGCAAUAGGAGAAAUGGAGAUGCAGUCAUAUUACACGAAGCUCUUGGGAGAGCUCAAUGAGCAAAGAAAGAGGGACUUUUUUUGUGACUGCAGUAUUAUUGUGGAAGGCAGGAUCUUCAAAGCUCACAAGAACAUUCUGUUUGCCAAUAGUGGCUACUUCAGAGCCCUAUUGAUUCAUUACAUUCAAGACAGUGGGCGACACAGCACUGCUUCUUUGGACAUUGUUACUUCAGAGGCCUUCUCCAUCAUCCUAGAUUUCCUUUAUUCAGGGAAGCUGGAUCUUUGUGGGGAAAACGUUAUUGAAGUCAUGUCAGCAGCUAGCUACUUGCAGAUGACUGAUGUGGUCAAUUUUUGCAAAACUUACAUCAGGUCAUCGCUAGAUAUUUGCAGAAAAAUAGAGAGAGAAGCUGCUUUCUAUCAGGCUGAUAGUGGAAGCUCUAGUUCUGCCAGAGAGGGCACUUCUUAUGGUACAAAGAGCCAGUGCUCUGCCUCCAUCUCUUCUCUGCAAGAAAAGGAAAGGAUUUCUGAUUGUCAGAGAGAUCCUCCCUGUGGUGAAUGUAGCAGCUGCCACCCAAUGGAACUUGUGGUGAGAGACCCUGUAAGCAGUGAUUCUCCAGAUGACAUUAAUUCUUCUCUGCCCAAAGGGGUAGUAGAACCAAAAGUAGAAUUUGAUUCUGAUGAAGUGGAAGUAGAAGUGGGUGAACGACUACAGCAGUAUCCAACUCCAUUAUCUCUUGAGCAGAUGGAAGAGGGGCUGCACAGUGGCCAGGCAAUGGACUUGGCCUGCAAUAACUACCAUAUGAAACAGUUCCUGGAGGCCCUGCUACGCAACAGUGCAGCUCAAAGAAAAGAUGAUGUGGUUCAUCACUUUGUUCGGGGCUUUGAGGGUAGGCCAGAAGAUGCAGGGGUGGCCAUGAGUUCCAUGAUGGACAUUCACAGCGACUGGUAUGGUGAGGAUACAGGUGAUGUGUUAGUUGUGCCAAUCAAGCUCCACAAAUGCCCGUUCUGUCCCUACACCGCUAAGCAGAAGGGAAUACUAAAACGGCACAUUCGCUCUCAUACAGGCGAGAGACCCUAUCCCUGUGAGACGUGCGGCAAACGCUUCACCCGGCAGGAGCACCUUCGGAGUCAUGCUCUGAGUGUGCACCGAUCAAACAAGCCAAUUAUCUGCAAGGGUUGCAGAAGAACGUUCACAAGUAGCCUAUCGCAGGGAUUACGACGCUUUGGCUUAUGUGACAGCUGCACUUGUGUAACGACUACGCAUGAGGAUUCAAUGCCCAUUAACCUCAGUCUGAUGGAACCUUCAUCAGAAGGUCAAGAAAAGGGUGAUACAGACAAUGAUUGGCCUAUAUAUGUCGAAUCUGGUGAGGAAAAUGAUCCAGCUGAUGACGAUGAUGCAGAUGAUAAGCAGGAGAUCCAUAGAAGCUUAUCAGACCGAGAGGCACUUAUGUAGUAACAAAAGGAGGGUGGGCAGAUUUAAAGUGUCUCCCCUGUGAUUGGUCAUUCUACAGCAGAAAACUGCAUAUUUAACCAGUUUUGUGGAACUGUGUGUUUUUAUUACUAAAUUCCAGUUUUGAUAGAACUGGUGGGAAGAACUGGAUUUUGGAAUAUUGAAAUAUUUUUUAACUUUUCAGUGCUGUGCACUAGAAUUCUGAGGGAAUUUCCUGUCCUGGGUGAGCAGAGGCUGUCUCCUUGCAAUCACCUGUUGUGCUUCUGUACCCUGGCUAUGAGGGAAGGAUAACGCUCUUUGCAGGUGAAGGAUCAUCAUGAUUGUUUGAUACUGAGUUUCCUCCCACAAUGCUGCCAUAGUCCCUCAAUCCUGGUCUCAAAGGGGCACCAUCAUCUUUCUAGGAAGAGAUGUGAAGAAAAUAAAUGUAGUUUUCAUCCUUAACCUUGGACUUCUCUAAACUAUUUUGCAUUCUCGUCCAUCUUAUGCUAGGAAAGUCCUAUCUGAAACUGUAAAUCCUAACUGUUUGUUUAAUUUUAAAAGUUUAGAAUAGGAUUUGACCUGGAAACUAUGGUAAAUUACCAGGAUAACAAAUAUCCUACAGAGGGACGCAAAUUCAGUAGAGAAUCUUCACACGUGUGUGUUUGUUCCUAUAUGUACUAUAGAGAGCAAGCUUCUAUUUUUGGGCAGUUUUCACUACAUUUCCAUCCCUGGAGAACAACAGAGCUUGGGCUAUGAUUCUUCUGGUCUAUCUUUAAUGCCCAUUAGACAGUAGUCCAGGCCUGAGAACUACACAGAAUACUUAUUCUAUGAUCUAGUAAAAUAGUGUCCAAAGUGCACCGGUCACUGAAGCAAGACUAAGUGCACUACCCACCUCUUUUCAUAGAAUCAUAGAACUGGAAGGGACCUCGAGAGGUCAUCUAGUCCAGUCCCCUGCACUCAAGGCAGGACUAAGUAUUUUUCAAUCAUUUAAAGUAGAAGUUAUAACCUAGCAAUCUACAAAAGUGGUUUCUUUGGUAGAUUCAGUAGUCAGAUUUACUGCUGAUCUAGCCGAAGUACAAUUCCAAAGAAAAAUCUGGGCUACGUAUAUAACACCAUCCAUGCAAACUAUUUUUCAAGAAGUCAGGUGAGACCUCUUGUAAAAUUAGAGACUUCCUGUAUGCAAAUCCCUUUUCCUAAUGAGUUUUCUUCUUAUGUAGUCAAAAAUAGUCUUUGGUGAUUCCUAUGAUGGUUUGUACCCUUUCAUUGUCUUAUGAAAUCAUCCAGGUACUGUCUCUUGUUAAAAUUCCAACUUGGAGCCUACAUUUUCCUGGUUGAAUAGAUACAAGUUGGCUUUUGAAGGAGGUGAGAUUACUUUACUUUAUUUAAUGUACCUGUCCAGUACCAAAUUGCUGUAAACUAUGAAAUUAGCUGGGAAACUGUAAAGAGCUCUUGGUAAGCUACUGCUAAAUUUAAGACUAAAGAAGAUACAAUACUGAAGGAUUCUGUGAAGUGAAGGUGCAUACUGUAUGUAGAUAGUACUUUCUAACUUUGUAAAUGUUCAGUGAAAAGCACUGUACUUGAGCCUCACUUUCUAGAUCAAGAGCUAGAACAGAAGAUUGCAGACAGACAUCACUGACAAAGAAGAUCGUCUCACUUAAAAAGACAGUUUUCAUUUCUUAUAUUUUACAGAAGACUUUACACUGAGCAAACAUAAAAUGGAACAUUUUUAUAUAAAAAGCAUCUGAUUUAAUCAGU